AUGUAUUUUAAACACAUUGGUCCUCCAGGAGUUCAAUUCGAGAAUGGUCUACUCCAGAUAACACCUGUGAAUAAGGAUAAGUGUCCCUUUGUGCGUGAUAACAAUGAUGUCGCGUUUCUAUUGUAUACAAGACACAACCCUAACGAACCAUACACCCUAACCAUAGACGAUGAUGAGAGCUUAUUCGCAUCGAGCAUAGACUUCAAUGAUGACACCGUGGUCUACUUCCACGCCUUUAUGGAAACUUCAAAUGACGGCAGCGCCCUCUUAGUUAGAGAAGCUUACAUUCAGCGACAAGACACGAACGUCAUAAUGGUAGAUGCGCAACACCUGGAGGCAGGACCUUGGUACUUUACAGCGGCUUCCAAUACCUGGUACAUCGGGAGGAUUGCAGCUGAAUUAGUAGACUAUUUAGUGUCCAGAGGUUUGAAAUUGUCAAAGACACACUUCGUGGGUCACAGUUUGGGAUCUCAGAGUGCCGGAGUCGCUGGAUACAGCUUGAAAUCAGGUCGCGUGUCCCGCAUAACGGGUUUGGAUCCGGCAUUUCCACUAUUCGACAAUGUGCCACUCGAACAGAGGUUGGACCCAUCUGAUGCUGAAUUUGUGGACGUUAUUCACACGGACGCUGGUAUAUUCGGUUUCAACCGGCCCGUAGGCCACGUAGACUUCUUUCCCAAUGGUGGCAUGAGCCCACAACCUGGCUGCGAAUUGGAGGUCGUCAUACCGCAACAGGAAUUGUUAAAUAAAUAUUUCUGCAGUCACUGGCGAUCUUAUAGGUUUUACAGCGAAUCUGUGCUUCGUCCAAAAGCCUUUGUUGCGUCUGAGUGUAAUUCGUGGAAGGAGUAUAAGCAUGGCAGAUGUUCUAGCGCAAACAGAACAAAUAUGGGAUACGGGGUGGAUAGGACGGCCCGAGGAACCUAUUACUUAAUGACACAUCGACAACCGCCAUUUUCUAUAGAAUAA